AUGGCCGAUUCAGGAAACGUUGAUCAAUUAAAAGCCAUUAUCGAGGUUUACAAACGUCAUCACGCAGAAUGCUGUGCGAUUUCGACGGAGUCACGCGAAUCAGCCGCUCGAGAGCUGCUCGUCCUCACCGAACCACCCUCGCCGAGUCAGCCUCCGAAACAAGCUUCUUCAACGCUGGAUGGCUUUCAGAUCAUUUCAUUCGACCCAUCAAGCAGCGGUAAAACGAAACCGUACUCCGUCGACCGCAAAAGGAAACGGAAACAGAAACCAGACUGGAAAGCUGCCGCCGACUUGUUUUUAUCAGAAGCCCCCCGUGCGCUAGAGUGGAACAAUAAAGCGAGGCAAUUGCGCAUCGGAAGCCCAACCGAAAGCCCAACGCCGUCUGGAUCCACCUGUGAGCCAAUUGGGCAACUCGUUAAACCGACGCGGGAAGGUGCAGCAGCGAUCAUCGAUAGAGCAAAACACCAUGCCGAACAAGCCGCGGGUUUCCUCAAGCAGGCUUCUAUCUCGCUAGCCAACGCCCGAAUAUACUUGCUCUGCGUUUUCUCGUAUUUCCACGUGCUGGACUCGAUGCAACUUGUUGGCCGGGAAAUUAUCGUCAAAAUGAUGACCGGGAUAGUCGAAACUCGCGGUGAUGCGUACAUGAAGCGCAUCUGGGACGGCGCAGCAUGGAUGAACAAGGACUUGGUGAAGGGCCUCGUUGGAGCCGGCUGGACGUGGGCUCAAGCAACGACGUUGUGCUAUUUCUGCGCGCCUUAUCAGCCAUAUCGCUAUGCGCACAUUAAUCACCGUGAGAGCUUAGCUUACAUACUCAACGUAUUGAAGAGACCGGAAUACCUACCACCUAGCAAUGCUGAAUGCUUUCCGUACACAAUUCCAGAAGUCAUAGCAGCUUGGGAGCCCGCUGUUCACCUACCUUUAGCGCGUACAUCUUUAGGAUACGACGAAGCGAAUGCUGAGCAACCGCGGAAGAAACGGAAGAUAUGGCUACUAGCAAUAAACGAGCGCCCGAUCACGUCUCCAACGACUACAGAAUCCACUCUCGCCACAACAGAGAAUGCGUUAGGACGAGACGAAGAUGACCACGUCAGCCCCAAUUCGACCCAAGGCAACGAUACUGCGGGGUCGGAUCCCUUAGAGAAGCACGCCGCCGGGAAUAUACUGCAGAGUCCUCCAGAUUCAGCAGGAAACUCGAACACAAUCAAUCAUUUUCCGGAACUUUGCGGUGUUGAAGAGCAAGGUAGUACCGUGCAGGGCUUAGAAGAGGCAGCAAUACAUGAGAGCUCUCUAUCUUCCAACGCCAGCGCGUGCUGGACGAGCAACAUCAGCGAGGCGAAUCCUCAGGCCGAGCUGCUACUACUGAUGACUUCGCCCUCUUAAGAACUCGUCCAGACCGUAGGGCAAGAGAGUUUGGCUCUCAACA